AUGUUUAGCAACAGUUCUGGGAAAGACAUCGUCUCUGCUAAUCCAGUCACUGUCAGUUAUAAUAAUAACAUUCAUGCUAAUGUCUAUACCCAUAGCGCAUCAGGGUUAAACUAUGAUGACCGCGAGAAAAAAACCGAUACAAAGAAAAGGUCUAAAACUUUUACAGGAUGUUGGACUUGUAGAUCUAGAAAGGUUAAAUGCGAUUUGCAAAAACCUAAUUGCCAAAGGUGUGUAAAGUCCAACUUAAAUUGUGGCGGAUACGAUAUUAAAUUAAGAUGGUCUCCGUCUAUUAAAUUUGAUAAAUAUGGUUAUCCAAAAAAUGAACCUAGUAAAGGGGUUAUUUUAGAUUCAGAUGGUAAUAUUCCACAGUUUCAAAGAAGAAAAAUAGCAUUUGUUAGGUAUAAGGAAGAAUACCAGUUUUAUGAUGAAAUGGAUACAGAAUUGUCUGAGUUAAAUGCCCCAACUUUAGAUAAAAUUGCAAAUAAUAACACAUGGAUCAUCAAAAAAUUCGGUGUUUUCAGGGGUACUGUGAAUGCUAACUUUCCUUAUAAACCGAAAUUAAAAAGAAAGAACAAAGACGGAGGUUAUAACAGUAAUGAUGUGAGUAAUAAAAAACAAAACUUAACAGCUAGUGAUAAGGAUUUUAGACAAGAGGCCGCACAACCAGCAAAAAGGACAAAAAGUAUAAUAUUUCCGGAUUUUAAUUUUGAUUUCAAUAACCCACAUGGUACGGAAUGGAUAUCCGAUGAACUUCGUGAUGAUGCCAUUUUAACUGCAUCCGCUGUUCAAGGGCGCCAAUUGAAUUAUUUCAAAUUUGAUACUACUACUACUACUACUACUACUGCUAAUAGCAAUAACACUAGUAACCUCAAUUUGGAAAACAUCAAUGAUCCAUUUUUCCUAAUACCAGAUAAUUAUAAUACCAAUAACAACAGUAUGUCGAAUAUUGAUACAAAUAAUUCUAUUAUGUCUAAUAGUCUCAAUGAUAAAAAUAACAUUAACAAUACAAACCAAUUAACCAACCACAUCUAUCCUAUUUUGUUUCAUCAGCAUACAAAGAAAUUAGAAGAACCAUUCAAUAACAGUAACUUAGGAAACACUACUUUUAAAGAUAAAGACAAUAUGCAGGGGUCAGUUUCGAACACUACCACUUUUGAUAACAGUCAUGUGGAAGAUGUUUCAAAAAAGAGCUCCUCAAGAUUGACAGAUUUUCAUGUCAAUCAAAAUAGCAGUAAGAAUAUAGAAAAUGAAAGAAAUACAGACGGCUACGCAACGCUUCCAUAUAUCGCCAAUAUCAUACGACAACAAAACUUUCCAUAUGAUAUAUCUAACCCAGUUGUCCCACUUGGGAAUUCGAUAGCAAUACACGCGCCUGGCGAGGAAGCCAUGAUGCCCAAACAGCUAUUAGAGGUAGUCCAUUCACCUAUUCCAUCUGAGAUCAUGGAAGAAGUUAAAACCAAUUCAUUAUUAAAAAAUAUACCGACAACUGGAUUAACAUCGCACGGGCUAACGAGGUUUCUUCUAAAUUAUUACAUGCAAAAUGUAGCUGAUUUAAUGACUGUUUUUCCCUUGACAAGUAAUCCUUGGAAAACAAUAUAUUUCCCACGUGCAUUGAAAGCUUUAGGUGAUUUAGUUGGUAUGGGAUAUACAUCGAACUCAAGAAAUGCGUUGUUAAACGCACUAUUGGCUGUUUCUUGUUUUAAUUUGCAGAGUAAAUUUGUUAAAAAUUCAAACCCGAUGAAAUUUUUUCUACAUUUGGGAAUUAAUUUUCGAUCACAAGCGUGGGGAUUUUUAGAACUGUGUUUAAAAACAACGGUGAAUGAAGAAAGGUAUAAAGAUGUUCUAACUGCUAUAUUAUCGAUGAAUACGAUCGAUGUUGUUUGGGGAACAAUGGCUGACUGUCAAAGAAACAUGGAAGUUUGUGAAGAUUUUGUAGAAAAAAGGAUGAAGGUUCGUCCAAAGUUGUCAGAGAAGACCAAAUCUUUACAUAGAAUUUUUUCAUUUUUAAAAAUCAUUCAAGACAGUACUGCUUUGGAUAAAGUUAAAGACAAAGAAAUCACAAUAACGGAAGAAGGCCAUUAUAACGGCGAGAGCAUAUCGUCUAUUAACGAGCACUCUCCUGCUGAAAAUAACCGCAUCUUUGAAAGGGGCUCUGGUGCUAACGGUGUGGGUUCCAUAGAGAAUAAUAACGAGGAAAAUUUAGAAAAUGGUCAAUUUAAAGAAAUUUUAUCUUCCAAGGAUGGGAGGAUACACAUUGAGUUUGUCAAACAACAAUAUAACGACGAUGCCACUAGCGCUAAAUAUUCGUCGCCAGGUACUCAUUCUAAUUUAGAAAAACAAAGCACACCGUCUGUACCAACUCCAAUAUUUAAUGAUAUAACCUCAUUUAGCCAUUAUUAUUAUUAUCCUAAAUCAUCCAAUGCUGGCCUCGCUUUAUCUGAGCCACUAAAUAUUAAUGAUUUAUAUGGGUUACCAAAUUCGAUAAUUUUGUUGUUUUCAGAUUGUGUCAAGUUGGUCAGGCAUAAGGAAUACUAUAGUAUACAUUGUGUGAAAACCCCAGAAAAGUUUGAAUAUUUAUGUAAGAAAUUUGAAAAAAGAUUAUUUUCUUGGAAAUCGGAAUGGAAAUUUUUCAAAAACAGUGAUAAUAGUAGUCAAGGAAAAGAAAACAAUCAAGAAUUCGUUAGUGACAUUAUAGAAGGGGCAUAUCACCACACAAUGAGUUUUUAUUAUAGUUUAAUCAUUUACUAUUUUAAUAUGCUGAGAGAAAUCAAUAAUGAAUUAUUGAGAGGAUAUGUGGAAAAGGUUUUGUAUCAUUUAGAAAGGAUGGCUGAUUUGGUUGAAAAUAAAAACGUCAAGAUACUUCCGUUGAUAUGGCAAGCCUUUAUAGCCGGAUGUUCUGCAAUAGAUCAGACCACCCAACAAAAAUAUAGGAUAUGGAUGUCAAAAUUGGGUAGUGGUUGUUGGGGUAUGGGUUCUUAUUGGGGAGCCAGGCAAAUAAUGUUUGAAGUAUGGAGGCGUAGAGAAAUUGGGGAAAGCAACGAUGAUUGGUAUUCCGUUUAUAAAGAUUGGGAAAUGAAUUUGAUGUUAAUAUAG